AUGGAAACUAUUUUAGACGCACUGAAAGCAAUGGGCAAAGCUACUUACCGUGAGGUUGCAGCGCGCCUGGAUAUCGAGCCUGUGGAAGCGCUGAACAUGCUGCGCGAACAGAAAGAGCAGGGUUUAUGUGAUUUCUUCGAUGGAGCCUGGUCAGUCGGUACCGCAAAAGAACAGGCAAAGCAGCGAGCUGUCGCGCCAGUGAAUAAUGCACCACGCCUGAAAGGUGAGGAACCGGCUCCUGUUGCUGCUGAUAUGAUCCGCCGACUGCUCCGAGAUAAUAGCGCAAUGACCACAGCGGCGUUGGCUAGCGCAGUUCAGCGUAACGCUAGCGGAAUGGUCUCAGUGAUGCUGGCAUUUGAGCGUCAGGGGGUUGUCGUCAAGAAUGGGCAGGGGAAGGGUGUAACAUGGUCUCUUCCUGAAACCGAACCUGUUGCAACUGAUACGGCUAGGUAUGCAAAGCCAGAAAAAACGACCGAAGAAAUCAUCGAGGCCAUACCUGCAUUUACUGCCAGACCAAAUGAUCUAAUUGUCCCGUCGUCCCGAUUUAUAUCAGCAGAAAUCCGUCGUACAAAGGCAAAGCUGACAAACCUACAACGACUUCAGGAUGCCGUUCGCCAGUUGCGUCGCCAUAAACACCUAAUUGGGGAGCAAAGCAAUGAAUGA